AUGUCGAGGCCAUCCGCUGCACUGCAACAAUGUCUUAGCUUCCGCCAAAGUCUCUCCCACACAUCUCCCAACAUGCGGAAUCUGCGCGGGAACAAUCGCCUCGCGCCAGCAACCCGGCUCGCACUCAUCACCGCUCGCAAUGGCACCACCACUACUUCGAGACGACCGUUCCACAGCACACAGUACCGACCAGUCAAGUUCGGUCGUGAUAUAAGACCUGCGCCCGCUCUACGAAGAAAGAAGAAAGAGUCUGAAGCCGGCCGAGAGCCGGCCUUCAUGGCUUCAGAUGGGGUUGGCGUUCUAAACAACAAGGGCUUCUAUAUGCGCGAGCUAUCACUGGAUCUUCCAACAGCUGUUGAACGUUUCAAUCAACUCUCAGAGUCCAUGUAUGAUGACGCUAGAAUCAGUGGGCUUCUUCCGGGUAUCAGUUACCAAACUUUCCAGGACGUCACUAUCAAGCUCUUUAAGGGUAUCCAGGGCCCGCCGAACCCGCAGGUGAUUCGGUCGAUUUCUUCAGAUGUCGAUGCCGUAUUUCGCAUUGGAUACCUUUCCUGCGCCGUGGAUAAAUCGCUUACCGAAUGGGUAAUAUCCGCGUGUGCAUUGGCAGGCGCACGGCAGCCCAUCACUCUCAUUCAGGCCAGAUCGGUUACAUGGACAAAGACUACCCCGCGCACCAAAUGGACGGACAUGGUCAAACAAUUCUCGGACGAGGGCUUCCCUCCCGCGAUGAUCCUCCAAGCCAAGAUUCUCGGUAUGCGCGGGGAAUACCAAGAAGCCUUUGAGUUGAUGGAGAAGCGAGUCCUGCCAUAUCUCAAGCCAACGCGUCGACGGCCCAAUAUCUUCCAGGACAUCGCCAUGACUGAUCUUUUCGAAUCACCGUGGCGAGUAUACGCGCUCCUUCACGCGUCGUACGACGCUCAAUUCGACUCUCCAGAAUCGCGAAAGAAAGCAGACCAUGCAACCCGUAUCGCGGCGCUGGAAUACAAUGACCGCAAGGCAUUAGUCGAGUAUGCCUCGAUGAUGAUGAACGAGAAAAACUACGACAAGUACGAGGAAUGCAUGUGCAAGGCUGCCGCAUUCGGAGACAAGAAUGCCAUCUUGUACAUCGCCAAUUUCUACUACCAGAUAUUCCAUGGUAGAUACCCCACAACAGCGGAGAGAGUUGCCCUCGCCAAAGCCAAAGCCCAGGGUCAACCGGCGCCUCCAAACGCGCCAACGCCGUCCCCCGACGAGAACAACACAAAGCCCACUAUGCUCACAUCUGCUCUGGGAUGGGUCUCGUCAUUCUUCAAUCAAUCUAUGUCCCGCGAGGAUUACCGCAAACUCGCGUUGGACUGGUACUUUCAUGGGUUCCAUAAAAACAUUCCACAAGCAUCUUUCAUGUUGGCACUGAUGGCUCGUGAAACAGGAGAAAGGCUUGAUGGCAGUAUGAUUUUGGAUCAUGCUAGUGCGCAUUUGGAAAAUCAUCCUGAGUAUGCGAAGAUGAUUACGGAGUUGAAGGAAAAUUGGUAUGACCCGGAGUAUGUGCCUAGGUUAACUAGUAGGAUGUUGGCUGUUCGGUAG